GGUGAGCCACUCACACAGGAGGAGGACACACAGGAGGAGGGUUCAGUCUCUGCUGUCCAACACACAGAGGACAUUUCUCCACUUGUGUUUUUAUCUGCUGGGAUUUUAACUACAAAAUCAGCUAAAAGAAGAAAAGAGGUUCUCUUGUUUUAGGCUGCUUUUACUCUGCUCUACUCCUGCUUCAAUAAAAUGACGUGUCUGGAUGAAUUUGGGAGAUUACUUGCAGCUUUUUUGGCCAUUUUACUAAACUUUGCUUUUCAAGGUGCACACUGUGACCUGCUGGUUUCUCCUGCUGGUCCCUCUCUGGUGAACGCUCUAGCUGGCAGCAAUGUGACUCUGGCUGUGUCCUUCAGUGGUGCCCCUGACCCAGCAGUUACCUGGUCCAUGGGAGAACUACCUGUCGUCACCUGGACUAUUAACUCGGGUGUUCCUCCAGACAUAGCCGACAGCAGAAGGAAGGUGCUGAAGAUGGAGCCAGAUGGAUCCCUUACCUUGGUGAAUGUGCCGCUUCAUGGAUACAACAGUAACUACACCAUUUUAAUGACAAAGUCUGGACUGGGAAAAUCCUCGACUACGUUCACUCUGAAAGUAUUUGAUCACAUUCAGAAUGUGACUCUGAGCACACAGCUGUCUGAUUUUGCCAAAGAGGGAACUGAUCGCUUCACCCUGCAGUACAGCAUGCUGCGAGGAGUGGUCGAGCAACAGAAGUGGUUCUUCAAUGGCGUAGAAAUAAAAUCCAACUCGCGCUACUCUGUGGAGGAAAGGAGCCUUGUAAUCCUCAGGCCAAACCGAAGCGACACAGGAGAGUACACGGUGAUACUGACGAACCCCUUCAGCAGCGUGACGACUCACAUGAACGUCACUGUACUGUAUGGACCAGACGAACCCGCACUAAAGGCCCGUCCAGCUCAGCUUUUCUACGUAUCAGGAGACUCGCUGAGCGUCUCCUGCCAGGCUGAGGGCUACCCACCGCCGACUGCUGAGUGGACCUUUGGUGGUCAGACCCUUCCUGAUUCACCCGAAGGAGUCUUAAAUCUAAAACAUGUACAGACCAGUCAAGGAGGCGUUUAUACAUGCAAGCUGCUAAACGUGCGGACUCGAGAACAGCGUCAAAAGAGCAUUACUUUAAACGUGUAUGAGAGGCCGCCGGGCAACCCGAUGUGCUCGGUGCAGUCGGUGAAUAACUUGGACCUGUGGUACAACUGUCGGUGGUUGGGGGGAACCCCACAGGCCCAGCUUUCUUUCCCAGCACUAAGCAACACCAGCAGUGGAGCGGGGAACUUCAGUCUGACCUUCAACGCCUCAAAUAACCUCAACGGGAAAACUGUCACAUGUAUAGCAGACCACCCAAUCGAACAGAAUAAUUGCAGUAUCACUGCAAGUAGUCCGAUGAAGUUCCUGCCAGCUGUGAGAACCACAGUUGACUCUGGGGACAAAAUAGUGGUCACUAUCCACUGUGUCAGUGAGGCUUCGCCUGAGGCUGUGGUGUCAUGGUCCAAAGGCAGCGAGGCGGUCACCAGUGGGACAACAUACCAGAUCAGCAGUAACACCACACAGCUCGAGAUUCGGGAUUACAACGUCAGCAACCCUCUCCAAAACUACACUUGUACCUGCCGCAACCCGCUGGGCAGCCAGAGCAGGGCGAUCCAGUUAAGAGGGCCGACGAUCUCAGAUUCCAGUUUGCUCCCUAAUCACAAUGGAACCAUCGUCAGGUUGACCUGGGAGGUCCCGCCUACCUCUGUUGUUACAGGGUUUGACAUCCAACUGAAAGGACCAUACCUCCUGAGCAAACAUCGUAAUGGCACCAAAACUACAGGCAGCUCAAACAGAUUUCGCACCAUCCAGCAGAAACUUGGCCACGACAGGAGUGCAGACAUGUUUUUCCUCGAUCCCCGCCUGACGUACAGGUUUCGGGUCAUCCCUAAAGCUCUUAUGACUGAAGGAGAGCCAUCAGAGGUCAACAGAAUUGGUCCAGGUGACGGGCUGAGUGGACCUGCCAUUGCUGGCAUUGCAGCUGGGAUCCCCUGCAGCCUUCUCUUCCUGCUCCUGCUGGGCUGCUUCAUCUACUUCUGCGUCUCAUGGAACAAGAAAAGGAACAAAAGUCGGCAGACCAGAUAUCCAGUGUCCAGAGCAGUUGACAAGGCAGUAACAACCCAAACAGAAACAACUCCUCAUAACCUGCUGAAAGAAGGGCUAAAGGCUCUCCCUGAUUACAACCCAUUCAAGACUCCCUCUGAAAGAUCAGUGCCUCUCCCAAGAUUUGUCCCUCCACCGCCUGUCAGAGUCGCUACAGUUGUCUAAAGUUGGCUUUGAUGUGUAUAUUAAUUUUGUGCAGCAUGCUAUAUCUUUGUGUGUUUUGUUUGAAUGUAUGAUAUUUAUCUAUCUAUUUGUAUUAUUACUUUAACUGAAAUAAGGAUCAGCGUCAUGAAUGCAUUUCAUUAAUGUAGAAAUGGGUAUUUGUAUCACUUUCCUGUAUAAUCUGCAAUAUAAAACUCCAUCAUUAUUUAUUCAUAAUAAAUCAAAGUAUAAGCCA